AUAAGAAUGGAAACUCAUAAAAAAAGGAGAGAAUUGACUCCAGAAUAAGUUUAAUAAAUCAAAGACGGAUUCUAAAUUCAAAGAGUUAUAAUGAAAGAUUCUGAAACACAAUAAGUUUAUUGGGAUUCCAUCUCUGAAAAUGUAUCAAACAUUAAUAAUUUAAAGAUAACUCAAGAUAUUAUUGAUAUAACUUUAGAUCCCAAAAUCAUUAUAUCAAAAGCUGCUACUCGAUCAAUCUAAUUUGCUACCAAAGAAAAACUUUAAGACUUAAUCUUGGUUUAAGAUGUAUAAAUAAGCUUAUGUUAUUUUUUAGGCUUAUUUACAUGGUAAUAAAAUUGAACAUUUUGUAUUCAAAUUUGGCUUUGUUAUGCCUGAUACUGUUAAUAAUUGGGAUUCUACUAUUGUCAACAGACCUCCUGAACAAAUGUUACCAAAAGAAAUCUAAUCAGGUAAUUUGGUUAUUGAUAUCUAAAUGUUUGAAUAGGAUCAUCUCAUCUUUAAUGUAAAAGUGAGAAUAUUUUAUUCAUGAAUUUAAAAGUUAAAAAUUAAU